GAGCGCACGGGCACAGUGCUGUUCAUGACGCUUGAUCUUCUCACCCCAGAGGGUCAACGAGGCGAAGUUGAACAUUUAUAUGGUCACGAUCUCGAGUCCUUCGUGUGGGUUCUCGUGUGGGUUUGCUUGCGUUGCAGGAAGGGAGUACUCCUACCACCGGAAACUCGCCCUUUCGAUGCAUGGGCGACUGCAGGCCCCGAGGCCUAUUUCAAGGAGAAGAUAUGGUUUCUGGAUCAUUUUCAAGCCGCCCAGGAUACAUCCAAAGAUCUGGAGGGUGGUGUUGUG